AUGUUGUUAGGGGCGGCUAACAUCGCCAACCUGUUCCAGUCACAGGCGGCAUCGCCUACGCCACAGGUACCCCCGGUACCCCCGGUACCGGGAACGGGUCCCUCGGAGGAGCGGAGACCCUCGCAUGACGAUAUCCAAGUGACCCGGACGUUGGGCCACCGCCACGCCACUCGCUCGCGCACGCGCACCCGCUCGCGCGUUCACCUGCGUGGCGCGUACGAACGCGGAACACAUGCACCAGCAGGUUGGUCGCGCUACUCCCCCGAGGAGCACCCUCUUGCGCCACACAACCUCGCAAAGCGUGGCUACCACACAUUUACGUGUCUCCGCGUGCCUUUUCAUGUGAACAAGCGCUACACCUUUGUGCGCGAGCUCGGUGUGGGUGCCUACGGGUGUGUGGCGCUCGCACACGACUCCGAGACCGACCAAGAAGUGGCGAUCAAGAAAGUCGCUAAUGUGUUUGGUCGCGAAGUGCUCACACGUCGUGCACUGCGUGAGGUGGCGACGCUGGAGUGCUUGGUCGGAUGCUCGAAUGUCACGGAACUCCUCGAGUUUGAUACGAGCUUUGUUGAGUUUUCCGAGAUCUAUCUUGUGCUGCGCGCCAGCGAUGCCGAUCUUUCUCAAAUUAUUCGGUCGAACCAGACGCUGACGGAGGCGCACAUUAAGUAUUUUAUGGUACAGCUUCUUCGUGCCAUCCACUACAUGCACAGCAUUCACAUCCUUCACCGCGAUCUCAAGCCGGGCAACCUGCUCGUGAACGCGGACUGUACGUUGCGCGUGUGUGACUUUGGCAUGGCGCGUGCCUUUGCGUGCCAGCCCUGCGAGCACAGCGCGAUCAGCAAGGUCAAGGACCACCAAGGCUGCCGCCUUUCCGACUCGACCGGGACGCCCGAUAGCGCUGGGUCGCAGAACUCUGAUACCACCCUCGACGUGCGCAAUGAGUAUGCAGGACAAUCCUCGCCACGCACGCUCGAAAUUAAUGGAAGUCGUCCGCCGUCGCCGUACGGUGCGUCUUCGCGUCAAGUCUCGUCGCGUUUCCCGUCGCCCAGCGUCACCGAGGACGAGGAUCCGAUGCUCAAGCAGAUUGACACGUCGGGCCCGAUCCAGUUCCCAGGUGGACCGCUGACCGAGUACGUUGCCACACGUUGGUACCGUGCCCCUGAGGUCAUGCUUUGCUUCCGUGGCGGCUAUGGCCCUGCUAUGGACAUGUGGAGCGUCGGAUGCAUCUUUGCCGAGCUGCUCGGUGGCAAACCGCUGUUUCCCGGCAAGGACUACAUGGAUCAGCUCGCAUUGAUCCGCAACGUGCUUGGAUCGCCCUCCUCGCAGGUUAUCGAGAAGAUCGGCUCGCAGAAGGCGAAAGAGCACAUGGAAUCGCUUCCGCCUUGCGAGAAACAGUCCUGGUCGUCGCUCUUCCCCGACGCGCCUGAGCCGGCCAUUGAUCUUCUCUCGCGCAUCCUGCACUGGGACCCCAGCAAGCGCAUCAGCGCUGGCGAGGCCCUGGCACAUCCAUGGCUCAAGCGUUACCGCCAGGCGUCGUUCUCGGUCAAGUUCCCCGAGCCCUUUAGCCGCUUCCACGAUGUGGAGCUGAUCCGCACGCCCGGCGAGUUUAAAGAGGCUCUGGAGCACGAGAGCGCCCUGAUCCGUGAGACGCAAGCUGCGCGCAAGGCCGAGUCGGACAAGCUUGCCGAGUCGGCUAUGUCGGAAGACGAGCAGAAAUCCCCUGGCCGAUCCGACCAGGAGAUGACCCACCCACCUUUUGCCACAAGCGCUUCCCCGAAGCACGAGUGGGGUGCGCAUACGCGUCCCAGCAGCUCGCAGAGUGGAAGCACUUAUGAGCCCAGUCUGGGCAUGCAGCCAUAUGACUGGACGCCACCUUCGUCCUUUGACUCAGAGCCCGGGAUGCCAGUGUACCUGGACCAUACCGAGUCAGCGGCCAAGCAUGUACAGGCGCCGCCUUUCUCCGAUCACCAGCCCACGGAGCGUGUCAGGAGCGAACAUAUUGUAACCCCUCCGGAAGAGACACCGGAUCAGAAAAAGGUCCAACGGAAGAAGUCGAGCGAGUUUUCUAUCCUCAACCGAGCCCGUGCGUUGAUGAGCUGGACAUAG